CUCUGGCAGAGAUGGGUCAAGUGGUACGGACAUCACACGGUGAGUCUUGUGACCGAGAAAUCGAUGAAGCCACUGAGCGAGGGGCUCAAGAGACGGAUGAUACGAAAAACCAACAAAGACCUCCAGAAAGCCGUCAGUCUGGCUCUGAAGGCACAGCAGAAGAAGGAGCACCAACAGUUGCAGAAUGUGUGA